CUCGUCUCGCGGCAGAAAAGGAUCGCGUAGACCCUGUCCCCUUUCCUCCCUCUCACUCACUCGUGGCACGGCACUCUCCCAGAGGAGAAGGCCAGCAAUGGCGCCGCGCACGUCGUGACUUGUCAAUCAGACAGUCAGUAGGGGUAGUGAUGGUGGUGGGAGGGGCGGAUCAGGUCACUAUGCGGGCUAUGGCGGGCGGGCCGGCGAUGGCUCCGACGGCGUGGCCGGGUGCGGCGGCGGGAUCAGCGGCGGGUGCGGCGGCGGCGACGCACGACGAGAUGCGGUGGCGGCAGCUGGACAGCGGCGUGAGCGCGGUGUCCUUCGGGUUCGUGGCCACGGCCAUCUUCGUCUCCAUGUUCCUCGCCAUGGGCAUCCUCGAGCACUUCCUCCGCGCCCCGGCCCGAGCGCGCCGGAUGGGGAUGGAGCCGAUGUACGCGCCCUCGCCGCCCCGAGGAGGGAUCCUCCUCCGCCUCCGCUUCCUCCUCCUUCGCCGCCCAGGUGCCACCGGUGGCGAGGCCGGCUUCUCCGGCGCGGAUCUCGAGGUGGCCAGGAAGCUCGACGGCCGCGCGUCCCCCGAGAUGCCUGUUUAUGCCAAAGGUGUCUCAGUUCUGAUGCCAGGACACGAUGUACCAACAUUCAUCGCGUAUCCUGCUCCAGCACCUUGCCCCCCGGAGAGGAUCCGAUGGCCAUCGCAUCAGCCCACUCCGUUCACUGGUUCCUCAUCAGGUCCAACCUAGAUGGCGGUACCGAACACCCUUCCGUCUCGUCAUUCCAAAUGGCUAGUGCAAAAUGCAGGCGGGAUCAUCUCAAUCCGCAGUGAGGGGGACAGUCAAGACAGGUUCUCUCCAUGUUUGUACAGUUUAGAUCUUUGUUCCGAGCAAGUAUUGCCGGUUCCUGCUGUAUUAUGGCGGGAGGUCGGCGGCUAGUGGAUCCAUGAAAAUGGUUGCUGAUCCCACUUGCCCGGGUAGUGUUAGAUCCCUUUGUUUUCGUUGGUCCUAGCACCAUCAGGCUUGUAAGCUUGUUAGAUGCUCGUAGAUGCGCCGUAGAUGGAUAUACACGUCUUUUGUAAGCUCGGAGGAUAAAUGUGAAGCUAGCUAGCUGUUAAUUUCAUGUCCUUCUCAUGUU